AUGGAUGUCGAUAGCGUCAUGAGAUAUCUUGGUGUCUUCGAGGACAAGACCACCAAGAACCAGCGCGAUUCACCUCUACUUCGUCUCCCCGCCGAACUCCGCAAUAAGAUCUACGACUACGUGUGCUCAGAUACUCAACUUCUUGACGAGUUUUUCAUUGAGGCGUUCGAUGCGCCCGAGCUGAAGGCCGUGGAAUGCACUCACGUAGCCAUCCUCGUCGACACGACCGACGUCACCAAACUCACAUCACCCACACACGCCCCAGUGCAACAAGACCUCUCAUACCCGUUCCUAGGCUGGAACCUGGACGAUCUCGUCAAGUUCGCGUGGCAAUUCGACGGCGCCGAGCAUGGCAUCGUAGGCACGGAGUUCGUCAUAAUGGAUGAGCAGACACUCGAGGACAAAACCGUGAUUCUUGUGACGCCAUCCGAGGGCUACGACAGUGUACAGACAGCGCCUAGACUGACUGCACGAUCGGACUUUCGCUCUAGCCUAAUUACGCUGAACGUCAAGAGUAUGGGAGUUGGUGGUGAUGAGCCAUGGGAGGAAGCGGCGGAGCAGGGUGGACGGGUGAUUAGACUGUAUGACGAAAAGAGUGUAUAG